AUGAAACCGAGUCAGAGUCCCUCCCUUAAAGAAGAGAACCGCAAGCGGUUUCCUGUGAAUCUGGACGCACCUCCUCCAUAUGAAGAAGCAAAAACACAGUCCAGUGAGGAAAUCAGCCGCUCAUCAUUGGAAAAUAAUAACCUCUCACCAGAUUUUACCAGCAUUAUAGAAAUGCAUACACCUCAGAUUCUCACCUCAAUGGAAUUUGUGGAUCUUGAUGAGGAUACUACAGAUUCCGUGAAACCUCCAGAAAGCAUGACGCAGAUUUUUCUACAGAGUUUUGUGCCAUUUUUCCUUGGAGGUUUUGGCUCAAUUCUAGCCGGCCUAAUGCUCACAUUUGCCAAUCGAAAUUUGGAUUUAAUGGAAGAAGUUCCGGAAUUCCUUGUAUUGAUGCCCUCCUUGCAAGGGCUCAAGGGUAAUCUUGAUAUGACCUUUUCCGCGCGCCUCUCGACAAUGGCCCACCUUGGAACUUUCGAGAAACCUGAAUAUAAAGAAAUUAUUGCGAGAAACAUUUGCCUAAACGAGGCUCAGGCGGUAUUCGUGUGCCUUGUCGCUGAUCUCGUCACCUACCUAGUAAUUCGUAUAUAUCCCAGCGAAAUUAAACUGGCUCAUAAUUCCACGACAACCCGCCGAACAGAGAACUUUCUUUAUCUUGGAAGCUCUUCGAUUGUGUCCAUGAGCAUUUGUUGUGCGAUUUCAGCGUUCCUGGCCUGGAUAGUGACCCUUGCAAGACGCAAAGGUGUGAAUCCCGACAACAUUGUGACCCCACUGGGAGCAAGUUUUGGAGAUUUGCUGAUUAUCUCUUCAAUGCUUCUUGUUUGCUAUGUAAUCCGGCCCUAUUCUCAAUUCUCUAAUGUUCCCCCAAUUUCCAUAAUUGUGAUCGCCAUAACUCAAACACCUUUAUGGCUCUAUUUCGCAUGGCGUGACGAAUCGGCAAUUAAAACCGCCAAACAACAGUGGUGCACUUUAUUGUUCGCCGCGUGCGUCAGCUGUAUGGCCGGAUACAUUCAAAGCGUCGGCGCAUUAAAAUUCCCCAACUACCCUGCGUAUCAAACAUUGAUUUCGGGUCUCACUGGAAACCGAUGUGCAGUUCAAGCAUCUCGAAUUGCUUCCCAUCUCGAGGUAAAAAAGGAAUCGGAGCUUGAUUGGUCCACCAGAUUAUCGCCAUAUUCGUACUUCUUGAGUCCUUCGAAUGAGAGCAAAACUGCAAGGCUUCUUCUGUUCACAUCCCUUCCCUUUCAGAUGAUUUUUGUUGUAAUUUCGCUAGGAAUCUCUUAUUUUAUGCAAACUCCAACUGAAAGUGAUCCGAGAUUUUUUAUUGGCUACGCGCUUGCAGCUUUUAUUCAAGUAAUGUUCUUGCUCUAUGGCACUCAGCUAGUCGUAGUGUCACUUUGGAGAUUAGGAUUAGAUCCGGAUAUCCAUUCAAUACCUUUGAUAACUUCGGUUGCUGAUUUAACGGGUUGCGCUAUGCUUUAUCUCUUGUUCAUCACACUCCAUCAAGCGUUCCAAUGCGUUUAUGCUGAUACAACGGAUUUUCAUGAUCUAUGA